AUGUCCUUCCGCAGUAUUGUUCGCGACGUGAGGGACAGUAUUGGAAGCUUAUCAAGGCGGAGUUUUGACUUAAGGCUUCCUGGUGGUAGCAAGUCGAAUGGUUCGGUCCAUGAGGUGCAUGAACGCCCCACUGUCAUACAGAACAGCCGGUGGGCUAGCCUUCCGCCUGAGCUUCUUCGUGAUGUUAUUAGAAGAUUGGAAGAAAGUGAGACAACAUGGCCUGCUCGGAAGCAUGUGGUUGCAUGUGCCGCUGUGUGCAAGUCCUGGAGAGAAAUGUGCAAAGAAAUUGUUACCAGUCCUGAGUUCUGUGGGAAGAUUACUUUCCCGGUCUCCCUGAAGCAGCCUGGUUCGAGGGAUGGAACAAUCCAGUGUUUCAUCAAGAGAGACAAAUCUAAUCUGACUUACCACCUAUUUCUUUGUCUGAUUAGUCCUGCACUGCUAGUUGAAAAUGGAAAGUUUCUUCUUUCUGCGAAACGGACCAGAAGAACUACCUGCACAGAGUAUAUUAUAUCAAUGGAUGCAGACAACAUAUCAAGAUCCAGUAGCACAUACAUUGGGAAACUGAGGUCCAAUUUUCUUGGCACCAAGUUUAUAAUUUAUGAUACACAGCCUCCCUACAACAAUUCUCAGCUGUCUCCUCCAGGUCGAAGCCGAAGGUUUAAUUCCAAAAAGGUUUCUCCAAAGGUCCCUAGUGGCAGCUAUAAUAUUGCCCAGAUCACCUAUGAGUUGAAUGUCCUUGGUACUAGGGGCCCACGUAGGAUGAACUGCACCAUGCAGUCAAUCCCUAUAUCCGCCCUUGAGCCUGGUGGCACUGUGCCCGGCCAGCCGGAGCUCCUUCCCCGCCCCCUUGAAGAUUCUUUCCGGAGCAUAUCCCUUGGUAGAUCAGUUUACAACUCAACUGAGUUUAGCAGUUCUAGGUUCUCAGACAUAGUCGUGGCAGGCAAUGAAGAGGAGCACGAAAAGGACAGGCCUCUGGUCCUUAAAAACAAAGCUCCAAGAUGGCAUGAGCAGCUGCAGUGUUGGUGCCUCAACUUUAGGGGAAGGGUGACUGUUGCAUCUGUCAAGAAUUUCCAGCUCAUAGCUGCAACGCAGCCGCCUGCUGCUGCUGCUCCUCCGCCGCAGCCAGCUCAGUCUGAUCAUGACAAGAUUAUUCUUCAGUUUGGCAAGGUUGGCAAGGACAUCUUUACUAUGGACUAUAGAUAUCCCCUCUCUGCAUUCCAGGCUUUUGCCAUUUGCUUGACUAGCUUUGACACAAAACUGGCUUGUGAAUAG